UUUCUUUCUUUUUCCGUCACGCACCGCCUCACAUGUAUUUGAGUCGAGAACGACAACGAGAAACGAUCACGAAAGAAACCACGAGAACAAUGGUGGCUGCUAAAGUAUUUUAGAUGGCGGUGUUCUCUUGGGUAUGGCAGUAUCGUGUUAUUUCAAUGAAUUUCGACAAAUGUUGAAAAUUAACCAAGAUAAUCUAUUGUAAGCACAGAACAGGACCUUUGGAAAUGUCUACAAUGCAUUUUAUGGUCCAUCCUUUGCCUGGCACUGAGGAUCAAUUGAUAGACAGACUUAAAGAAGUAGCAGAACGAUGGAAUCGUUACGGGACCGGCGCCGGCUCCUCGGCGCUGAGCUCGUUGCGCGGCGUGCGCGCCGUGGCCGCGGGCCCGGCCCACAUCGCCUGCUUGCUCGAAGACGGAACCAUCUGCCGAGCUGCAUUUUCUAUUAUACCUGACCGAUUGGACUUGAGCAAAACUGACGCUAGCAAGAGCGGCGGAAAUGGAGGCGGCGGCAGCGGGGGUGGCGGGACGAGUGGGGGGAAGCAAAGUGGCAGCGGUGGUGGUUGCGGAUCAAGACAACAGCCUCGGACCAGAGCACGUAUCAUGAGGAAUUCCAUUCGCACGGCCACAAGCUCGCAAGGGUCCACGAGCCGCGCCGCGGGCGUAAUAAUCGGCGCGUCGGGCUCGGGCCGCGUGGUGUCCGUGCCCGCGCCCUUCGUGCCCGAGGACCUGGUCACGCAGGCGCAAGUGGUCCUGCAGGGCAAGAGCCGAAACCUUAUAGUUAGAGAAUUACAGCGUACAAACCUUGACGUGAACUUGGCGGUGAACAACCUAUUGUCUCGCGACGACGAGGAGGGCGAGGAGCCGGAGAGCGGCGAGGGCGGCGACGGCUACGUGCCCGAGGACCUCAUCUCGCUGCUGGACGGCGGCUUCCACGCGGCGCAGCAGGACAACUCGGUCAUCAUCGACGCCGACGCGAUGUUCUCCGAGGACAUCUUCGGGUACGCGGCUAUCAGAAGUCGCAGUGGUGGUAACAACAGCGGGCGCGGGACGGUGAACCGCGAGAGCAGCAGCUCGACGCAGGAGCGCCCGUCGGAGUUCAGCCGGUGGCGCGACCGCCAGUACUUCGGGCCGCGCAGGUGGCUCGAGUCCGCGCUUCGCGACACCUCCUGGGAUAAGGACAACACCGAAAGCAAGAAGAAAGAUUCUGCUAUGGCUGCAUCUCCGCUUUGGGUGUCCGAGGAGUUAGAAUACUGGGACAGCAACAUCCGAUUUACGCACAUAGCCGCGACGUACAGCGAGCUCGUGGCCAUCUCCACGCAGGGCCAACUCCACCAGUGGCGUUGGGCUGACGCACACCCCUACCAGCGCACAGACGCGUCUGGUGCGGGAUGCGCGUACCACCCUCGUUCCAACUGGCUGGGGCUGGCGGCCGGCGAGCGCGUGGUCAGCGUCGGCGCGGCCGGCAUCCGCGUGUCCGUGCUCACCGACACCGGCAGGAUCGCCACCUUCCUCGAUGAAUCCAUCGCGCAUGCACUAGGCGCAUCCCGCUUAGAGCAUCCUCUACAGACAUUCUCGGAGUUUGGCUCCGACAGGGCUAUAUCACUGCACGUGUGCUCGCUGUACACUGUUGCUAGACUGGAAUCAGGAGCGCUUUAUUGGUGGGGGGUCCUGCCCCUGGGUCAGCGCGCCCGCCUGUGGGAGAAGCACCGAGCGCGGUCUCGCAAGCAGCGCGGGCACUCGUCCGCGGCGCCGCAGGACCUGCAGGCUGGACAGAGCGUCACCAUGAAGAACGCUCCCAUGUACCAACCGGGGGCUGUUGGGUUUAACAUGUCAACGGGAGUACCUAAAGUUGGUGUGCUUCAAAAUGCUGCCUGGAAUAUCUCGGACACUUGUCGAUUUAAACUGUUGCCCCCACCGCAACCGGAUCGCUCGCUUUCAGACAAGGACAAGAGAGAUUUACAAAACCAGUCGCCGCUAACAGUGUCAUCAGUGAAAGCCUCAUCAUCUAGCAGUGCCAGUAAGGACGCAGGCAAGGACAGCAACAAAGACAUGGCAGACCGGCUCGACAUGCCGCCACCGCCCAGUCCGGCCUCGUCCACUUGCAGUGAUACUAGCACCUCUCAUAAGCGUGCCAAACGCGUGACUUUCCGUGGAGAGGAGGGUUCAUCGAACGACGGGUCCAAACGCGACGAGGAGGAAUGGCCGCUGAAAGAGGUCGUGUUCCUUGAGGACGUCAAGAGCGUGCCGCUCGGACGCGUCCUGAAGGUGGACGGCGCCUACGCGGCCGUUCGGUUCCCGGUUGUUGGCAAAGACGGCAAGGAGGUGGUACCAUCAGCGCCUGAAGAUUGGACGGCUUUACUUCAAGACUGCCGUUUAGUGCGUAAAGAUGACUUGGUGGCCGUGAAGUGGGGCUCCGGCACGGCAGGCCCUCGCGGCCCUGACUGCCUGCAGCGCUCGCCCAGGAAGAUUGCCCUUCCGGCUGACGUCCAAGUUAUUUCUAUUGCUGUGGACGGGCGCGGCGUUCACGCUGUAGUCCGCAGGCCGGGCGGCGCGCUGGCCUACGCCGUGUACGCAGUAGGUGCCACGCGCGCUCUCACCGACAGCGCCUUCCCUACCGACCACGGGGCCCUCCUUGGCCACUCCAACGGCCAAGCGAUUCAACUCGCCACCGCUGCUGAGGGUAGCGAACCGGUGGUGAUGAUGCUGGACGGCAACGGUGCGCUGUACCCGAUCGCGCGCGACUGCGUGGGGAUGGUGCGCGAGCCGCCGCCGCUUAACCUACCGCCGGCUCGCGCCCUGGCCGCGCACGCGCUGCCGCUGUACCCGCACGGCACGCAUCACACACAUCACACUGCACUGAAGUCGCAGGUGGCGCUUAUUAUUUUGGUACCGGAGCCACAACUGAUGAUGCCGCGUGUAUUACGUUGCGAUCUUGAUGGAAUUCGUCAACUACUGCACCAGUUGGAAUCGGACGUCACCAAGCAACAAGUUUUAUCUAUUUUGCAAGAGCGUUGCGACGGCAAUAGGAACAUACUACACGCAUGCGUUCAUAUGUGUGCGCCUACAUCGAACAAGGAACCUGAUAUAGUUGAAAAUGCUACCACUUUACCUAACCUGUCGGGGAGCACCGGUGGAAUUAAUUCUAGUGCAGAUGAAGCCGUCCCGGCGCUAUCCUGGCCCCCCGAAACCUUUGAAGCCUCAGGUGACGAGGACAGCCUUAUGGGACUCACUGGCAACGGUAAUUUUUACAGAAAGAUGCAAGGUGGUGGCAACAAUGGAGGUGGAAUAGUGAGUGCCGACCCUGCCGAGCGUCGAGGCAAUGCACUCCUGGCACUACGGGCUAUGUGCGACAGUCCCGCUUUACAGCCAUACCUCAUGCAGCUGCUCUCUGCCACAGAUGGUAUGGGUCAGACGCCCUUGAUGGCAGCAGUAGCGGAGCGUGCGUACCGCGCCGCGGUGGUGGUGCUCGACGCGAUCCGCUCGUGCGCGGAUGGCGAGGCGGACGAGGCGCAGCGCGCGGCCGCCAUCUUCCCGCCCAACGCACACCCCGACCACUCGCCGCUCCUAGUGCUGUGCUGCAACGACACCUGCAGUUUCACUUGGACGGGGCAAGAACACAUUAAUCAGGACAUUUUUGAAUGUAAAACAUGUGGACUGACCGGAUCUCUGUGCUGCUGCACCGAAUGCGCUAAGGUGUGCCACAAAGGCCACGAUUGUAAACUAAAGCGCACCUCGCCAACGGCUUACUGCGACUGCUGGGAGAAAUGCCGCUGCAAGGCGCUGGUCGGCGGCAACUGGGCAGCUCGUUGUGAUUUACUCAUUCGACUCGCUAAGGACACUCAGUUGGCCACACAUUUCAAUUCAAGGGGAGAGUCGAUUCUACUAUUCCUAGUGCAAACUGUCGGCCGACAAGCGGUUGAACAGCGUCAAUUCAGGGCAGGCGGAGGCCGUGGGCGCGGGCCGCGCAAGCAGCCCGGCUCUGAUGCAGAGGUUGAUGCUCCCGAUCACGACUUGGAGCCACCGAGAUUUGCGCGCCGAGCCCUGCUGUUCUUACUCAGCGACUGGGCGGCGGUGGAAGCAGCCGUGUCAUGCGGCGCCAACUGCUCGGUCGGCGAAGGGGACAGCCGCCCCGGCAGCCCCGCGCCGCACCAGUCCGGCACCACCUUACUUGACAAAUUCACUCAUGCUCUCAUUGUCAAGUGCACCAACGAGAUGCUUGAUACACUCCUGAAUACGCUGAUAAGAGAACAACAGAACGAAACGAUCCCUGGCCGCCCAGAAAGAGCGCGUGAAGUGGCGCGCAGAUUUGUACGCUCUGUUGCUCGGAUAUUUGUCAUCUUUAGCGUAGAAAUGGCUCCAGGCGCCGCUAAAAAGAAAGGGCCGCUUUCGAUAACAUCAUCAUUGGUUCGGUGUCGGCGCGUGUUCGCCGCUUUAGUGGCUCUGGCAGUCGAAGAGCUGGUCGAGGCGGCGGAUGCCCUACUCGCUCCUGUGCGCUUGGGCGUCGUGCGUCCUACGGCCCCAUUCCCUCUGGCGACGACAUUCGUUGAUCUUGUUAACGGAAGUGAAGAUUUAUUCGGAGUGGAGCCACUAUCUACUGCAGCAUCACGCCUUGCGCACUCCCGGCGAGAGUCGAACGCAGCGCCGGGUCGCGAUGCGGGCACAGGAGGCACGUCGAUGGGCAGUUCCACGUUAGUAGCCGACAGGUCGUCGACGCCGGUCGCGACCGAGUACGCCGACGAGGUCGCCGGCGAAGCGCUGGGCGGCGACGACGAUGCCUCCGAGACCGACGAGCCCAAUGCGGCCGCGCCCGUCCCGCCCACUGAUAAUCAGCACCACGAUGAUCCGAUGGGUGAUAGAGGUCAAGAUCAACACGUGGUAGUAGAAAACGGCACAGAACGUGCAGAAGGAGGGGAGAGUGAAAGCGAAUUAGACUUACUGGCUGAAGCUGAAACUGAGAGUGACUCAGACGACCAAGACAAUGCGGAUCCGGCCCAGCGCAGCGUGCAGACUGGUGCGGCACAAGGCUCUGACGGAGGAAUAGCUUCUCUUCUUCUAUACCCAGAAGACGAGAGCGGCGACUCGACGCAGCCCGAGGACGAGGACAGCGAGGCGGGCGAGACGGACGAGCAGGACGCGGAGGCCGAGCCGCCGCUGCACGACGGCGAGGCGCUCGAGCGCCGAGCGGCGCCGCCCUCGCGACCCAACCUCGCGCCGCACUCCAUGCAGUGGGCCAUACGUAGUUCCCGCGAGAGCACGCGCGGCACUAGCAGCAGCGCGGGCGGCGUGCGGCUGGCGGGCGGGUCGUCGCUGGUGUUCAUCGACCCCGCGUCGCUGCGCCGCUCCGCCGCCGCCGCCGCCGCCGGCGCCCACGACCCGCACUCCACCUCUACCACCGCUUCAUACCUCGCCAGGGCUUUCGGCAUCGUCAUUCGGCAAAUAGCCGAUUUGCUAUGGGAAUACGAGCGCGUCUCAUUGCCCAUACCUCGUAUGUUGCCACUCUCAUAUCGCGAAGCGUUACGCUUGCAAUGCUAUCUCGAGAGACAACUUAAACCAACAUGGGACUGGUUAGUGACUGUAAUGGACGCUACCGAGGCACAACUAAGAUUUGGUGCGUCACUGACGUCCAACAACGUAAGCACCACCACAGUGGAAAGCGGGCGGCCUAACGCACCUGCCGUCCGGCGCGCCACAUCCUUCACGUCCCCUGCGACCCGCAUUAUAGGGUUCUCGGAAGGUCCUAGAACAAGAGACCGUGAACAAGGCGUGGAGGCGGGCAGUGCGCGGCGUGAGUUUCUGGCCUACUGCCUGUCGCUGCUGCGAGCGCACAGUGCCGAGCACGCGGAGCAGCUGCCCGUGCUGGACGUGGCCGCGCUCAAGCACGUGGCGUACGUGCUCGACGCGCUCGUCUACUACAUGCGCGCCGCACAGCCGCAGCCGCACCACCACCAUCAUCUAUGGUCUUCGGACGAAAACGAGAACGAGGAAGGCGAUGAGGAAAUGGUCGUGGGGGGCGCCGCAGCCGCCGAGUCGGACAGCGAGGGAGAGGGCGCCCGCGGCCGCUCGCACAACUUCUUCCAGCGGUCGGACUCCACGCUGUGUCUCGGCUGCCCGCCACCGGACCCUUUCAACAUGACGAUGCAAGAGGCGCUCCCGCUGGCCGACCAGCCGCAGCUGCUGCAGCCCAAUGCCCGCCGCGAGGAGCUGUUCGGGAUGCCCCGGCAGCCCGUCACCGUGCCCGCCUCCGGCGACGCGCCGCCCGGCGUCAACAACCCGCUAGAAGUCGUGCCUCGCCGCUUGGGUUUGUCCACGCGAGGAGCGGAGCGCAGCUGGUGGCCGGGCACGCGGCCCGCCUCGGCACCGCCCACGCAUUCACACUCUAUGGGUCGAGACGAACCACAGGAUUUAUCUUGUGCUAAGGAUACAAUGGGGAAGAUGGAUGUCGAUACCGACGGAGAAUACUUAUCCGACUCGGAUUCAAAUGAAGCUCGCCACAUUUCCAGAAAGAAGCAUCACAGCAGUGGGUUUUUGUUUUCAUUCAGACACCCGCACUCGGCACUGGCGAGCGGGCUGGGGUCGAUCCCGGAGCCCAGCGCGCCCCCCUCGGAGUUCCACACGCUCGUCAACACGGCCUGCUCCAUCAUAGAGGCGCCACAUCGACAGGGGCUGGCGUCUCUGGCUUCUCCAGGACCGAGCGGGUCGGGCGUGGGCAUCGCGCUGGAGCCGCGCGCGUCGUCGUCGCGCAGCCCCAUCAAGACUGUCAUUGUACGUGCUGGCGAGUUGCUGAGCGCCGCGGAUCCCCUGGAGUCGCAGGAGAUCUCCGCCCACGUGACCGUAGAGACCACCGGCCUGCCUCCGCCGCCGCUCAUUCCGCCUAUCAGCAUGCCGCAACAACCGCGCGCGUGCCCUUCGCUGGGCGCGUCGGUGUCGCACGACCUGCUGCUGGGCCGCUGGCGGCUGUCGCUGGACCUGUUCGGGCGCGUGUUCACCGAGGACGUGGGCCUGGAGCCCGGCUCCGUCGUCGCCGAGCUCGGCGGCUUCCCCGUCAAGGAGGUCAAGUUCCGCCGCGACAUGGAGAAACUGAGGAACUCGCAACAAAGGGAUCUUACCUUGCACAAGAUGGAGCGCGAUCGCGCGAAGCUUCUGCAGCAAACAUUUGCGGAAUUAAACACCGCGUUUACCGGGCAGAACCGGCGCGUGCACAGCGCGCAGCCGCCGCUGGCCGUGAACCGCGUGAAGGUGACCUUCCGCGACGAGCCCGGCGAGGGCAGCGGCGUCGCGCGCUCCUUCUACACGAGCGUGGCCGAGGCGCUGCUGGCCAACGAGAAGCUGCCGCCGCUGGAGCCCGCCGCCGGCUCGGGCGGCAGCUCCGCCAACCCCUCCGCGGGCUCCACCGGCGGCUCCGCCGGCACCGGCAACAGUGGCACCAGGAGUGUAUCUGGUCCCCGUAUGAAGAAUUUAGCCCGUCGUUCGCCCACGACCGACGGCACGUCGGGGUCGGCCGGCGCGGCCGCCGGCGGUGGCAGCAGCAAUACUGGUGCACGAAGCGGGCCAGGGCCCCGCAUGAAGAACCUAACGCGUCGGUCGCCGAGCGGGCCCGCACCGCGCCCGCCGCCUUCGCGCGAGCCGCGGCGCGCUCUCAGUGUCGAUGCUAGACCCUAUUCACCACAGGCCGCGCCCGGGACUGAAGGAGCAGGAUACAGCGGUGACAGACAAGGACACAACGAACAUCUCACCUUACACCAAGCACAAUUAGGCGAAAGACUUUACCCCAAAGUGCAUUCAUUACACCCAUCUUUCGCGGGUAAAAUAACUGGCAUGCUGCUGGAACUAACGCCCGCACAGCUGCUGGUGCUGCUGGCGAGCGAGGACGCGCUGCAGCAGAAGGUGCGCGAGGCCAUGGACCUCAUCGUCAUGCACCCCUCUGAAGCGAUACUGGUCGUCUUGGGUGCAGAUCUGGACGUUUUCUCACUGUCGGAACGAAGCGCCGCCGCGGCGGGCUCCGGGUCCGGCGGCGGUGGUGCGGGCGGUCCGGGGGGCGCAGGCGGCGCGGGCCCGCCCGUCGCGGCUCCGCCGCCACCCGACGACGCCGCCCCUCUGUUCUACUCGCCAGGCAAGCGCGGCUACUACUCGCCCAGACAAGGGCGUGCGACCCCUGAACGGAUUAAUGCUUUUAGGAAUGUUGGCAGAAUCAUCGGCCUGUGUCUGCUACAAAAUGAAUUAUGCCCUAUGUUCCUCAAUCGACAUGUACUGAAAUAUAUUCUUGGUCGACCAGUUCGGUUUCAUGACUUGGCGUUUUUUGACCCCGUCGUGUACGAAAGCCUGAGGCAACUCGUGGUCGACGCUGAAACAGGCGAUUCACAUUCAUUAUUCGCUGCUCUAGAUCUCAACUUUAGCUUGGAAAUGUGCGAAGAGGAGGGAGGCGGGUGCGUGGAGCUGGUCGCGGGCGGGCGAGAGCUCGAGGUCACUGCCCUCAACGUGUACGACUAUGUGCGCAAGUACGCGCAACACCGCAUGCUGCUCUCGCAGGAGAAAGCGCUCGAGGCAAUACGAGUGGGCGUCCUGGACGUCCUGCCCGAGUCUGCAUUGGAAGGCUUGACGGCAGAGGACCUGCGACUGCUGCUGAACGGGGUCGGCGACAUCAACGUGGCGGCGCUGGUCUCCUACACCAGCUUCAAUGACGAGAGCGGCGAGCCCCCGGAGCGGCUCGCGCGCUUCAAACGCUGGCUCUGGGCCAUCGUCGACAAAAUGACACAUCUUGAACGACAAGAUCUGGUGUACUUCUGGACUGGGUCCCCCGCGCUGCCGGCGAGCGAGGAGGGCUUCCAGCCGAUGCCGUCGGUGACGAUCCGGCCGGCCGACGACGCGCACCUGCCCACCGCCAACACCUGCAUCUCGCGCCUCUACAUACCGCUCUAUUCCUCCCGACACGUGCUCAAGCACAAACUGUUACUCGCAAUCAAAACGAAAAACUUUGGUUUCGUCUGAACUAACACGCCAUGCUCUUUUUAUUAUAUACAUUUCGUUUAGCCCUAAACUUAAUCUUCCAGGACUGUCAUUUUCCCUAUUGGAUUUUGAUUAAAUGAUCACUGAGAUGCGUAAGAAACUAGUAGUCAAUGAUAGGAAAACUUGCAAAAUUAAUACAUACAUUAAAGGAUUCAUGAUAUACCACCCUGUCUUAGAAAAUAUCAAACUGAUUUACUAACGAUGUUUCGACGAACCUCUUUUUAACUGUUUUACAAAUUGAACGAUUAGAAUUGUGAUGUCGUACCAUAGACGAGUCUCUAUUGGGUAAACCUUACAUUAAUUCUUAACAGUAAUAUUUUACUUACACAUUCACUCAUUUAAUUACAAUUUGGGAGAGGAAAUUAAUUAGUGUCCGACCGAAACAUGUUUUUUUGCCGAAACCGAAACCGAAACCGAAUGUUCGGCUUUGGCUCUAGUUUCGGCCGAAACCGAAACCGAAACUUUUGUAGACUUGUUAAAAUCGUUGAAAAAAUGUCAUAAAACCCCUUUUAUACUCAUAUUAUGGGGCUGUCAAGGCUGUCCUUGAGACCGUUUCCAGCAGUUUUUUAAGACCAACAUAAUUCUGCAAAGAUUUUGAUAACACACGCAGUGCAAGUGUUAUUUUAAACGUCAAAACUUCUAUGAAAUUAUGACGUAUAAAUAACAUUUGCACUAGUUGCACUGCGUAUGCUAUCAAAAUCAUUGCAGAAUUUUCUUGGUCUAACUCUAUUCAUUCACCAGUCAAGUUAACAUGUAGACACAGGGUCAACCAAAAAACCAACCAAAAACGCGAGCGCGAAAUUUUUUGUUGACAAUAUCGCAAGGCCGGGUACCAAUCUUCACCUGGGCCUAAAAGUCCGAAGUGCCCCAGUGAGGCGAACUUUCAUGCGAAGUCAAAGCCGUGCUUCAGGCUUCAAGAUAAGUAGUUGAGCACAGACUCCAACCAAUGUCCAUUGUAUUAAAAAGCGAGACCGGAGGCCGAGAUGGCGCAGCGAGGCCAAAGGCUAAGCUGAAGAAGAAGACAUGUGGAACACAAACCAAUAGUAAAUUGAGGUAAAAUCACUCAUUCACUCCGAAACAAUUAGACAGUGUGUGCGUUAUAGGUAUUGACAGCCUCUUAAGACUGUGUCAACCGUCCAGUGGCGCCCUCAUUAGUGGAAUUUUGUUUUAUAAUAAAUAAACCAGUUAAUUUCUGUACCUAUACAUGAAUCAGUAUAACAUGUAGGUAUUAAUAUUGUUGUCCUACUUAUUCCCCAACUUUUGGUCUUAUUCCGAAGUACCAUUUCGUAAGUUUCGGCCCGGCCGAAAGGUUCGGCCGUUUUUUGGCCGAAACCGAAACUACAGCCGAAACAUGAUUUUUUGGCCGAAACUGGCCGAAACCGAAACCGAACCUUCGGUCGGACACUAAAAUUAAUCUCGAGAAUCAUAGUACAAUACUUAUGUAUUUUUGCAAUUGAAAUUAAAUAAUAUUAUGUUGCCAGGUAUUAUGUAUUAUCAAUGCACAGACUUGCUUUUUAAGUAUAACUUUGCCAUACACUUACAACGUACUGAGAUACAGAUAUUUCCUGUCCCAUUAUGGCUUAUUGUUUAUAAGUAAUAUUAAGUAAGAAGUAAUAAAAAAGACUGAACCGCCAAUUUUUUAAACGUCAGUGGUUGUCAACAAUUCAAUUGCGUGUUUAACAUGUUAGCUGUCCCAAUCUGAAUUGUUAACCUUACGGAUUUGCAAUGGAGGCUUCCCGUGACCCACACACGGGGCACGGGUUGUGAACGUGUUAAUUAAUGUACACGAGUGUGCACCAGUUUAUAAACAAAAACGUACUAAUUGCAUUAUUUUAAAUCCAUAAAAAGUAAUUUUAGUUCUUGUUUAUUUUUGCCAAAGUAGUAAACUUAGGUGAUAGCAUUAAUUGUCAGAAAUCCAUUAAGAACGUUUCUAUUUUGAAUUGACGCAAGGUUACCUACAUAGAUAUGGCUCGGAUUUAAUUGAGUAUUAUGCAAAUUAAAUAAAAAAUUGUAAGAUCAAGACUAGAAAAAUACAUUUUGUUUAUUUAUACAAAUCUUUGUCAGGAAAUACCCAGGCAGGCAGGUAAUCGAUUACCAUAUAAAUUACACGCAAGGCUCGUAGUUUACCCGCGAUUGUUGAGAAUGGUGAGUUUGCAUAGUAUUGUGAGAUAUAAGUAAUAUAAAUUUAAACUUGUAUUAUUUUAAAUUUCACAAAUGUAAGCUUAAUUUUUUCACGUGAUUGUCAGUGUCAAAUUCUCUUUUUAAUUGUUGUAAUCUGUGUCUUCAAUUUGCGCACUACUUGUACUAGUAGACCAAGAAAAGUAUAAUAUCAAAAUCGUGGCAGACUAGUCUUGGUCUAACUCUAUCUGCAGUGCAGCACAACACAAUACUAUUGUUAAAGCGCAUUCACUAACAUCUUACACCUAGGCCUCUCAUGUAGCUUCAAUUUGAAUCCUGGAGUUCGCAGAACAAAGUUUGAGGCAGUUUUUAUAACUAUACCAAAGAGUUAUUGUUUUAUAAGACACGUAAAGUCUAUAAGAACGUGCCCCCUAGUUUGACUUUUGAAAUAGAGAGCGCUGUACUGCGAUAUACCUAUAUGUUGUGGUCACUGGACUGUCAAACAUCAACUUUUAUUUUACAUAUCCUAUACAAUAAAUGACCUAUACCAUACGCCCUAAUCCUUUUCUUUGAGACUAAUCCCUUUAGGGCCACUUGCACCAUCUAGGGUUUGCCACUAACUAGGAAUUAACCGCACAUACAACAUAAGGACCCUUUAGGCUAGGAACGCCACAUAUUACGUUCACAGUAGCUUCAAGAAUCAUUCUGAAGAAAGUGUCGUAAUUCAAGAUGAUAUUUCAUUGCCUCUAAUAUUUGUUUUACGUGUUCCAGUAUUAUAUAAGAUUUAUUAAAAUACUGCGCCCUAACUUUAUAAAUGGAUGUUAAAUUUGUUAUUUGUUUAACUGACAAAAAAAUGUAUUGCAACUUUCCGCCAACGCUCAAUUUUAUGAGCCUGUAAGUACCAGUCGGAUUGGCGUGUGUAGUUUAUCUUGGGUAACCUGGGUAUCGAUUGAAAUAUACACUUUUAGUUAAAAUAACUCCUCUCCGCCCGCACAUUUAAAACUAAAGAUUGAGCCUGUUGAAAAUAUACGAAAUUGAAAGUGAUCUGUGUUAUGUAGUUAUAUUGAUUUGAUAAGAUUUUUUAGUGUUGACGCGGCUCAGUAAGUCUAAAACGAUGGCAUUUACAUUUUCGACUUGAGGUCUUUAGUUUUAAAUGAGCAUUAUGACAACAAUUUACUUAAAUAUGCAAUCGACAUUUAGUUAAGUGAUUGAAAGGUCAAUGGUUGCAACUCCUUUUAUAUUAAUAUUAAUAUUACAUCAUUUUGUUGUGACCAACGAACGGUAUAUACGUUCUUUUUUAUGCUUUAGCGAUAAUCGGUGAUAAACAACCCUUAUGGUUUAUUUAUUAUUGACAUAAAAAAUAUUCAGAUAUACUUUUACUGUUUAUAUAUAGCUUUGUUAUAUAGGUGGAAAUAUAAGAUAAUAGAGUGAAGUAAAAGUUACAAUUUGCGCCGGCUUGCAUUGGUGUGAUUAUCGUAAAUGAUGAUAAUUUUGAUCCAGCAAAAAUGUUUUUGCUCCUCUAAUAAUCUUUAAAUUUCCUUCGAUUAGGUGUAGUGUUAUUCAUAAUAAACAAUCUCAA